UCAAGGAGCUUUUUCCUUUGCUUUGCUUUCCCUUGCGUUCUUGACGUUGGCAAAAAGCUGUGAUUUUCAAAUCGGUCACCGCCAGUCACUCCCCCAAUUCCAACCCCCGACUCCACGACUGCCUGUCCCAAGCCAGUCGUGAUCUCUCCUCUUUAAAUCGCCAAAGCUCGAAACUUCCCAGCACGAUUCUUGCGUUCACUCGUCACCGCCAUCGCUCGACCCGCGUCGGUUACCGUCGCCACCGCGUGCAGGCGUUGUAACCACCGCCAUUUACCGGCAUUAUAUUCCGACCCUUUUGCUCAUUCGGUCAUCGGAGCGAAACCCACCUCAAAGAUCGCACCUUUUUCGCCGCCAUGGUCCGCCUGAGCAACAACCUCGUCGGGGUCCUCAACCUCGUCACCUUCCUGCUCUCGAUCCCGAUCCUCGGGGCCGGGAUAUGGCUCUCCAACCGGGCCAGCACCGACUGCGAGAAGUUCCUCGAGCGGCCUGUCAUCGCCCUCGGCGUCUUCCUCAUGCUGGUCUCCCUCGCCGGCCUCGUCGGCGCGUGCUGCCGCGUGUCCUGGCUCCUCUGGGUCUACCUCCUCGUCAUGUUCUUGCUCAUCGUCCUCCUGUUCUGCUUCACCGUCUUCGCCUUCGUCGUGACGAACAAGGGGGCGGGGGAGGUCCUCGGCGGGCGAGGGUAUAAGGAGUAUCGGCUCGGGGACUACUCGCAUUGGCUGCAGAAGCGAGUGAGCAGCACCAAGAACUGGAACAAGAUCAAGAGCUGCUUGAGCGACGGCAAGGUCUGCUCGAGCUUUCAAGAAAAGUACUUGAACGACACGAUCGAGAAGUUUUACACCGAGCACUUGUCUGCUCUUCAGUCUGGUUGCUGCAAGCCGUCAAAUGAUUGCAAUUUCAUCUAUGUGAGCCCGACGGUGUGGAACAAGACUGCUGUCCCUGUCAGCUCCAACCCAGAUUGUAAUGCAUGGGACAACGACCCCAAGGUUCUGUGCUACAAUUGCCAGUCAUGCAAGGCCGGGCUGCUGCAGAAUAUCAAGACCGACUGGAAGAAAGUGGCCGUGGUCAACAUCAUAUUCCUCCUCUUCCUCAUUGUUGUAUACACGGUGGGUUGCUGCGCCUUCAGGAACAAUAGAGAGGACAACCAUUAUAGUGGAUACAAGGGCCCCUACUAAAAUGGUACACUAUAGCUGGAUCACUGCUUGUGUACUUGAGUGAUUAGCGAACAAUGUUGAUGCUUUUAUUUCUUGUUCAGCUGCUACAAUUCAAUUCAGUCGGUCCUGUACAGCAUCCGAUCUUUCAGGAUUUGGUGGUUACUCUUGCUUCAUUGAUUUUGUGUUCUGCAACUUUUCGUGCCAUGAGUUCAUUUGAUUAUCCACUUCGCCCUUCUACCUUAGACCUACAGUGUAUCGCUAGCUAGGAAAAUUAUGACCAGCGGUCCACCACUAGCUGUGGCUUUGUGCAA